AUGCCCACUCACAAAGGAGUGACCAUUACGGUCCACACACCCACCGGGCCUCUUCCGGAGUACAAAUCUCACACCAGGAAAUCCAUCACUACUGCUUACAUUGCCGUUCCAAAUGGCGAUGGCCCACCCCAAUCUAAGCGACCACCAGGACCCAUAGCACCAAAAAACACCUUUCCACCAUCAGCUCCUCCAAAUUCCUUCGCCAUUUCCAUCUCAAUCUCAUCGGACGAUUACAAACCUCUUACCGACAAUCCACAGGAACAUCUGGCUGCUUACCUUUUCCUUGAUGGAAAAGAAGAAGAAGCAGCGGCAAUGCUGACUCGUAGGAGGGAUACUUGGAUAAGUAGCCGAUGGUGCGCUAUGGAUGAUGGCAGCAUCGGUGAAAAGGCUUUCAUGUGGCGUGAGGUCGGGUUGGAGACCUUUUUGGGUGGACUGGAUUUAUCUCGUGAGGAAAAGGAAGCAAUCCGUUUAAAUUCUGGAAGUAACUCACCAAGAUCAGGUAAACCGGGUCGUCGUGGACUCCAUAGAAGGAACACCACUACCGGUGCUACCUCUCGCAACUCCUCGUCCCGCUCCCCGAGAUCGUCCAGCAGACGACAACAAUCCGACGACGGCGAAAUCGAAAUGGAGGAUACCCCACCAAGAUCCGCUUCUCCUUCAGAUAACGAUGAUGACGAAGACACAGCACCACCCGCUCAAAUCACCAAUACUGUGGGCCAAAUCAAACUCAAGCUGUACCGCGUACUUGCCGAUGGUGCUCCAAAGUAUGGAGUUUUCGAACCCAAAAAAGACGAAGAGGAUGGUAUGAUGAACGAAGAAGACAUCAUUGCAGAGCCCUCUUCCGCAGCUAAAGCGGAGGUCUCCCACACGACCGGUUUUGCCCCAGCCCAGAAGGUUGAUAAGGAUCUUAUUUGGUCUCAAACCGUGACAUGUCUCGACCCGCUUUCUAGCCCUUGGGCCACUUUCAUCAUCUUUUACCGUGGAGAACGCCAACUCCGCAAGAUGGGCGUUAUCCCUCCAUCUCCAUCCCUCUCACCAAACCUUACGCCGAUUUCUCCACUAUCUCCCGGUGGCACCGUUCUUGGUCGAAAGCGCCAGUCUCUUCGACUCGACGAUAUGGUCAAGAAUCUCGGAAAGCUCCCGCCGCCAUCAACCCAGAGCGGUUUCCUUGGAUUCAGAGAUGCAUCAACUGAUGAAAAUAUCGACAAGAAGAGGAAGACGAAGAAAGGCUUGGGGAAGCUCAAACAGUUGGAUAGCGAUAAUGAGACCGAUACCGAAUCUGUUAAUGGGAAACCAGUUAAGGGCGUUGAAAGCACUGAGGAGGCCGCUAAGAUCGAGGAGGGAAUUCGCAAGAUGAAGCUCAAACGAGGUCGCGCGACCACUCCAGUUCCUCCCCAGGAAACAGCGUCUCAGCCCGUCGGAAGCAGCGCUAACUGGGAGUGGGAUCCCAAGUUCAACACUCCACCACAGCAAGUUUCUGGAAAUACCCGCAAUGGCAUUCAUCGUAGGGCCAAGAGUGCGGCCGGUCUUUUGCAACAAAUGCUCGGAGACGAAGAAGAUGCCGACUUCAACCCAGACCUCGCGAGCCCAAACAAAAAGGUCAAACGUAAGGAACCCGCUAGUAUCGAAGCCCAAGCCGGUUUCGUCUAA